AUGACCAUCAAACAGCAUGUUCCGAGCGCUGUUCGUUUCGACAUCUCUACAGAGCAUAAAGCUCGACGCUCUUUUGAAGCUCACACUCGUUUACCCCCUCACGCUCGUUUCGUACCGGUGACCGUCGUCCGAAGCCAUGUUCACGCCACCGCCGUCACCGUUGCCGAUGCAGGGCACGACUUCCUACGUCGCGCCGCAAUCACCCCUACCAUCCUCGUCCUCAUCACGCUCGAGUCUGAGUCCCAGUCCGAUGCCCUCUCCUGCAAAGGGUCGCGACCCAUUCGUGCUGGCGCAGCCUCCCAAACAACGCACGCGAUCGGACACUUUGGCAGAUGCCAGCGUACGCUCGCUUUCAUCACACUCUCGACACGAUACAUCUGCCAUCCUGCGGCUAUGGACUUCUUUACGGGAGACUCUGCGGAUCCCGCACUUGAUUGGAACGCGGCGCACAUCCACGAACCACAUUCACGCAGACAGAAUACCGGCAGUGCGGUAGCCAGUAUCGCAACACUCACUGCGACUGGUGACGCCGGCUCGUCUGUACUCUUCCCAACGUCUACAGCUUCGGCUUCGGUGGCGGCGUCACAGACUGCAACGUCCACAGCUAGCAGUACAGGCAUACCCACGAUACCCGAAUCAGCGCCCAUCUUGCCCACGCCUUUCCCACAGCCUUUUGAUACGGCGAUGGCUUCUUCGACCAAUAUGAGCUCAUCAUGUUCCGCAUUCAUGACGAACAUGACGGGAACGCUGCCCUUUCGUCAAUGCCGCGCCUUCUCGUUCCUAUCGCAAGUUUCGAGCGAGUUCCUUCAACAGGCGCAGACGAAUGUAUCGCAGCUCAACGUGGACGUCUGGGGAACCUGCAACACAGCUCUAUCCGAGGACCAAUGCUCAUCCAACAUGGCUUGGUUUGCCGAUCAGCUGAAGACGGAUUGUGCGGACGAUCUCAAGUCCCAGAACGCCGAGGUCGUACAGUCUCUUGCCAGUUUGCAAACGUACGGCCUCCUCCGUCAAGCUGGUUGCUUGGCAGACUCGACCACGGGUUCAUACUGCUACGUCGAGGCUGCUGCUUCCACCAAUCCGUCAGAUCUGUACCUGUACUCCUUGCCGUUCGGGUUAGGUCUCCCGACGAGCGCGACACCGUCAUGCUCGACCUGUUCGAAGAGCAUAAUGGCGCUGUACAUGAGCGAGGCGCCGUCAGUGGAUGGGCUCAAACAAACGUACAACGAUGCCGCCGAGCAGCAGAACUCGCGAUGCGGGAGCACCUUCGCUGUGGUCGCCAGCUCACUCCCCGACUCGUCGAAUGCCAGCGGGGCAGACAAGCUGCAUAUUAUCCCGAAGGUCUUCGUGACAACGGCUCUCUUCCUGACCACGGCGGUCUACUGGUUAUAA